AUGGGCGCGCUGCUUUGCCAGCGACGUCGCCCCUGGACGCUGGCCGGCGUGCCGCAGCUGCCACAGGCGGCUGCGCCGCCGUCCCUGCCGCCGCAGCAGCCGCAGCGCAAGACCUUGAAGGAGGACAGUACACUGGGGCCGCCGGGGCCGCCCCCGCUCGAGCCCCCUGGCGGCGGCAAAUGCGGCGGCGGCGGCAGCGGCGGCGGGGCGCGGGAGCGGGAGCAUGAUCAGGCGAAUAUGGUGGCGGAGGGUCCCUGCUGCAUCGAUCUGUACGAAAUCAUCUGCGCAGUCAAACGCCGCGCCAAGGCUGCAGAGGGUGGCUCGGUCGCAGGGCUGCAAAGCGCCUUAUACUCAUCCCCCCGGCCCAGACGCCGCCCUGCAAUAAGCCUGAGGCUGCAGCCCCAUGCGCUGGGCGCGGCAGCCACGGAGGUCCCGCACGGCGGCCGCGCAUCAGAUCCGGUCGUGCCCGGGCCGCACUGA